AUGAAACGGUUUUUUUGGAGCUGGUUUAUUUGGCUCAAUUCACUAUUUGUAUUGGUAAUAGCGAAUACGGAAUCAUUUUUGGUAAAAGUUCCGAAGGACUUCCCAGUGGGAACUAGCAAUCAUAUCGAUGACCAAUUUCCAUUGAGGAUCUCACUAAAUAACUCCAACCAUGCCAAAGAAACUAUCGAGACACAUAUUGGAGAGGUUAACCCAACGUACAUCCAAUUGCAACAUUUACAAAUUGAUGAAGUAUAUCAAGUUAAAAUUUGUUGGACUGCGUUGGACCCUGUAUCCAUUGACGAGAUGGGUUGGUUUAUAGUACCGCAUUCAACUAGUCUGCAAGGCACCACGAGUGAAGAAGCCCGUAUUUUUAUCAAAUUCACCAUUACAAAUGACUCAUACCCUACCAUGAAGCCAGGUACAAUGGUCCCCAUAAACGUCUCGGUAAUUAAUUGCAAGUUGGGAGUUCCUGUAGAUCUUUACAAGACGAUAGUGUACAUUAUCGCGGUUGCAGUCUCAGCGGUAUUGUUGAAUAGGAAAUACAGCUUGUAUGACUUGUUAAGACAUUAA